AUGGCCAAAGGCGAGUGUCCCGUAAAGACCGCCAAUGUCGCCGGCGCCGGUACUAGGAAUGUCGACUGGUGGCCAAACGAGCUGAGGACCAACAUCCUCCGCCAGCACGAUCCCCGCCAAAACCCUCUCGGCCCCGACUUCGACUAUGCGGAGGAGUUCAAGAAGCUCGACUACGAGGCCUUGAAGAAGGAUCUCAAUGCCUUGAUGACCGACUCCCAGGACUGGUGGCCUGCCGACUUUGGCCACUACGGUGGUUUCUUCAUCCGAUUGGCAUGGCACGGCGCCGGUACCUAUCGUGUCACGGAUGGCCGUGGUGGAGGUGGCGAAGGACAACAGCGCUUUGCCCCUCUCAACUCAUGGCCCGACAAUGUCUCGCUUGACAAGGCUCGUCGCCUCUUGUGGCCCAUCAAGCAAAAGUAUGGCAACAAGAUCUCCUAUGCCGACCUCAUGCUCCUGGCUGGCAACGUCGCCCUCGAGUCCAUGGGUUGCCCCACAUUCGGUUUCGCCGCUGGCCGUACCGACACCUUCCAGUCUGACGAGUCGGUCUACUGGGGAGGCGAGACAGAGUGGCUAGGAAACGAUAUCCGCUAUUCCAAAGGAGCCAAGGGUGUCAAGGGCGAAGGCAUCGUCGAUGGAGACCAGCACAAGGUCAACGACAAAAUCUCACACGAAGCAGAGGAUCUCGAGAAGCCAUUGGCUGCCUCGCACAUGGGUCUCAUUUACGUGAAUCCCGAGGGUCCCGACGGUGUUCCUGACCCAGUCGCUGCUGCCCACGACAUCCGCACAACCUUUGGCCGCAUGGCCAUGAACGACGAGGAGACAGCUGCCCUCAUCAUUGGUGGCCACUCGUUUGGAAAGACCCACGGCGCGGCCCCAUCGGAGAACAUUGGCCCAGACCCCAACUCAGAGGACGUUGCAGCACAAGGUCUUGGAUGGAUCAACAAGCACGGCAGUGGCAAGGGACCAGACACCAUCACCAGUGGUCUUGAAGUCACUUGGACUGGCACCCCCACCAAGUGGAGCAACAAGUACCUCGAGUACCUGUACAAGUUUGAGUGGGAGCUGGAGAAGUCUCCUGCCGGUGCCAACCAGUGGGUCGCCAAGACGGAUGAGUUGAUCAUCCCCGAUGCCUUUGACCCGAACAAGAAGCACAAGCCAAGAAUGUUGACCACCGAUCUGUCCAUGCGCAUGGAUCCAGCGUACGAGAAGAUUACUCGUCGUUGGUUGGAUCAUCCAGAGGAGCUCCACGAUGCCUUUGUCCGUGCCUGGUUCAAGCUUCUCCACCGUGACAUGGGCCCUCGAUCCAGGUGGCUUGGCCCUGAAGUCCCCAAGGAGAUCCUCCUCUGGGAAGACCCUAUUCCAGAGCCUCAGGGUGAGAUGAUUGGCGAGUCUGACAUUGCCACCCUGAAGAAACAGAUUUUGGAUGCUGGCAUCGAGCCAUCCAAGCUCAUCCGCACAGCCUGGGCUUCGGCAGCCUCUUUCCGUGGCAGCGACAAGCGUGGUGGUGCCAAUGGUGCUCGUAUCCGCCUCGCGCCCCAGAAGGACUGGGAGGUCAACAACCCCAAGGAGCUUGCCGAGGUCCUCAAGGCGCUCGAGGGCGUCCAGUCCAAGUUCAACAGCGGCAGCAAGAAGGUCUCGCUUGCCGAUCUCAUCGUCUUGGCUGGUGUGGCAGCACUCGAAAAGGCUUCUGGAACCUCGGUGCCCUUCACACCUGGCCGCACCGAUGCCAGCCAGGAGCAGACUGAUGUCCAGUCGUUUGCCCACCUCGAGCCUGUCACCGAUGGUUUCCGCAACUACGGCAAGGGUAACGACCGUGUCCUCACCGAGCAGCUGGAUGUUGACAAGGCCCAUCUCUUGCGCCUCACAGCUCCUGAGCUCGUUGUUCUUACCGGUGGUCUUCGCUCGCUGAACGCCAACUGGGAUGGCUCGUCUCACGGCGUCUUCACCAAGCGCCCCGGCCAGCUCUCCAACGACUUCUUCAUCAACCUACUCGAUCAAAACACAGAGUGGAAGGCGGUUGACAACAGCCAGCCACACGAGCUGUACGAGGGCAAGGACCGCAAGUCGGGCCAGAAGAAGUGGACGGCCACCCGGCACGAUCUGGUCUUUGGAUCGCACCCCGAGCUCCGUGCCAUUGCUGAGACGUAUGCGACGGCGGACAACACAGACAAGUUUGUCAAGGACUUUAUCGCUGCGUGGGACAAGAUUAUGAACAACGACCGAUUCGACCUCAAGAACAAGUCGUCUUGA